UGCCUUCCGCCCCCCAUCUCUCUCUUCACUCCAAGGCAUUCCCUUACCAAAAUUAAGCAUACGAUACAGAAAACUCCAUGGCUUCCAUUUCCCAUCUCGUCAUUUUCACUUCACUGCUUGCGCUCUUCUCUUCACUUGUUCCUGCCGUAGCCACAGCAAGACAGCUUGCUUUAGUUCAAGAACAACCUCUUGUCCUCAAGUACCACAACGGCCCGCUUCUCAAAGGCAACAUCACAGUAAACAUCGUCUGGUAUGGCAAGUUCUCACCAGCCCAGCGCUCCAUAAUUGUUGACUUUCUCCACUCUCUUAAUUCCAUGAAGCCCCCGGCACCUUCAGUCUCAACGUGGUGGCGAACUACUGGGAGGUUCAGGGGAGGCCCACGCACUGUAGUCGUAGGUAAACAAGUCCUUGAAGAAAAAUACUCUCUUGGAAAGUUGCUAAAGACCCCACAGAUUGUUACUUUAGUGUCAAAAGCUGGCCACGGCAAGAAUUCAAUCAACCUUAUACUUACCUCUGCUGACGUGGCGAUCGAUGGGUUUUGCAUGAGCAAGUGUGGGACCCAUGGGUCUGGGCAGGACAAGGUGGGUAAAUUUGCCUAUGCGUGGGUCGGUAACUCCGCGACUCAGUGUCCAGGUCAAUGUGCGUGGCCUUUCCACCCGCCAAUUUACGGGCCACAAGGUCCACCGCUGGUGGCUCCUAACGGUGACGUAGGAAUUGACGGCAUGAUCGUUAAUUUGGCCACGGUUUUAGCGGGAACAGUAACGAAUCCGUUUAAUAACGGGUAUUUCCAAGGGCCAGCUAACGCACCUCUAGAGGCUGUGAGCGCGUGCACUGGUAUUUUCGGUAAGGGGGCUUACCCGGGAUAUCCAGGGAAGGUUUUGGUGGACAAAACGACAGGAGCAAGCUAUAAUGCUUUUGGUAUCAAUGGGCGCAAGUACUUGCUCCCAGCAAUGUGGGAUCCAACAACGUCCACCUGUAAAACCCUCGUUUGAGCAGAAUUUUGAGUAGCAAUUUUAACAAGUUUGUGUGUGUGUGUGUGUGUGUGUGUGUGUGUGGAGUGGUUAAUUAUUAAAAGAGAAAAGUAAAUAGUUGCUUCUAGGUUUGAAGGUUCUCUUUUGCUUUAUAAUAAUGUUUGAAGAUUAUUUUAUCUCUUAAUAAAAGGUUUUUUUUGUGA